GCGUGGACAAGCAUCUGAGCAGCAGCAGCAGUAGCCACAACAGCCUGAACCAGCGUCGCUUUAACCUCACAAAUUCACCACCUCCUCUGUUACAAUUAUAAUUGGUCCGUCCACGUGACAAAUACCGCACUAUACUUGGAAAGAAUCGCAAGCGCGUGUUUUUUUAAAGAUGCCAACGAUCUUUGACAUCUUAACUUGAGAAAGUGUUCUUUGUGCGGUUAACAAAGGUCCAUUACUACACGUUUAACUCGGGACAGCGAGGAGUUGAUUGGAUGGACCUCCACUGGCCCACCUUCAAGAUGGACAGCUCCUCCUACCUGCCCGGUCCCCUGGCGUCCCCAGCCCUGAUGGUGCUGGCCUCCACAGCCAAGACAGGCCGUGAUGCCUCCGGCCCCUGCCAGGCCUCCGUCCCCUGCCAGGCCCCGAGGUCCUUCAGGGCCCCAAUCUUUGAGAAGGACUUCCCCUCCGGCUCCUACACAUUUGCCUCCAUGUACAACCGUCAGGGGCCUAUCUCCGGCCACGGCUCAUUCCCUGCCAGAGACUUCCCUGCCAGAGACUUCCCUGCCAGAGACUUCCCUGCCAGAGACUUCCCUGCCUCCCUGCUCCACCUCCAUCCUCAGUUCCAGUUUCACCCCAACAACCUGGACUGCCCUUCCCUGGGGAUGCUCAACCACAUUGGGGUAGGGGCCUUCCGACCCUUCUCCUCCCCGCCUGAAGAGAGGGAGACCAGGGGUUAUCAGUCAGCCUUCACCCCUGCUAAGAGGCUCAAGGGCUGCUACACAGAUUCUGAGGGGAAGGAGUAUGAUUUUGGAGGAGGGUGUUUCCUCUCUGGCUCACCGGGAUCACUCAAGGCCGCCGAGGAUUCUGGGAGGAAGUUGUUUACGGUGUCUGGGCUGCUGUCGGACAGAGAGGCCUCGUCUAGUCCUGAGGACCGUAAGGAACACUGUAAGGGUCAUGUCCUGUAUGACUCCCUGCCCCCAGUGUGUCCAGUGUGCCAUGCUGUGUUACCACCAGGUGAGCUACAGGAGCACAUGGAGCAGGAGAUGGGCAGACUGACACAGUUACAAAUCAGUACUAAUUCAGUGCAGAGGAACCAUCCAUUAGGAGCUACUAAGACCCUCUCACUAUCUCUGCACAUUAAAUGUGAGGGUGGGUCCCCCACCUCUCUCUCCUGCCCUCUUGAAGAGCCCCACACAGACAGAUACCAGACGUUUCUGCGUGUGAGGACAAACAGACAUGCAAGACUGAAUGUCGAUGAUUGGUGCUACGCCAAACCCGCUCCUUUAAGUCCCCACAACAGAAGUCAUCUAACCCCAGACUGCAAAAGAAUUGUCAGGAUCGGCAAGCUGAAGAGGAGGAGUCCUUACGUGGGCCAGGACAUUUUGUUGGACCUGGGGGGGGAGGAGUGGGGUGAGCGGAGGAGAAUACGGAUGACAUCCAUACUGGGAGGGUGUGAAGGGUCGGUGUUUGUGAGCAGCAGCACGUCUAAGGAAGGCCGUGGUGACCCUGACCCUGACCGUGACCCUGACCCUGACCGUGACCGUGACGCUGACCUGGACGUGGAUGGAGAUGACACUCUGCAGUAUGGAAGAGUACAAUGUAUGGAGGCAGACAUCCCCUGUUCAGGGAAGGAUCCUGGGGUGGUGGAGGAGAGGGAAGCACUGAGGGGGGCGGUUUUAAAUGGUGGUACACUGUCCAACAGAGUAACUCUGGAACAUUCCAAAUGGACAAAUGAGGGAAGUCCAUCCACUAGCAACGGAGAGAGCAACAAACUGGAUAACAGCAUAGCCUCCCUACACAGGACCUGUAAAAAUAGUGACAUUGAUAUGGUCUCUGAGCUGACGACGUUGGAUUCACUAAGAAGUCGUAUACGGGACCUAGAGAAGCAGCUGUCCAGAGGAGACAGACACAACUGUCUUGUCUGUAGGGACACUUACACAACACCCCUCACCUCCAUCCAGUGCUGGCAUGCCCACUGUGAGGAGUGUUGGCUCCGCACUCUGGGGGCUAAGAAGCUGUGUCCACAGUGUAACACCAUCACUUCUCCUGGGGACCUGAGACAGGUAUUUUUGUGACUGGGCAGGGCCAGAGAAGCACAGACCCCUGAGGGGGCAGGACCUCUGAAGUAUUAACCUUUGACCUUUGAAGGGGACAUAAGGACAGCUGGCCUGUCAGAGAUUACCCUUGUCUUUGCACCUUAACCUGCCCUCGAACCCCCCUCCCAAACCAAGUAUGGUGCCACCCCAUGACAAAAUGAUACCCAUGACUGGGUAUUGCACAAUGAUUAGUCUUCAUGUCAAUUGACCUUUUAGGUUUGACAUUUGACCUUUGCUUUGCCCACCUAGAUAGCAUUCAUUUGUAUCAAGCUCACCUCAUCAUUUAGUGAGCCAUUUCUAAGAGGAGGACUCUGUGCUCAAUCCAUUACAAUUCAUACGUAAAUGACAAUAACUAGUCAUCUUAGUGCUCAGGCACUGAAAUAAUUAUUUAAAAUGGCUUUAGAUCAAAACAAGGUUGAGAUACUCUUUGGACUAUAAGCGGUAUAGACUUUUGAAAAUAAUAGUGGUCUGUUUUUAUCAAAAGAAAGCACAUGUAAAUAGUUUUGUGUAUGUUUGAAAUUAUGUGCAGUACCUGUAAAAAGUUUGGCUACACCUACUCAG